GCAGAAGUGAAUUAUCUGCGUCAAAGAAUUGUUUUGUUGUCGUUGAGGGUCUUGCAUUUGUUAAGCAAGAAACGAAGUUUGAUGUGAUGUUACGAAAUACGUUAAAGGGGUAAAUCUGUGUACAAGUAGUGACAGACAAAAGCAACCAAAAUGGAUCAGAUGUUACCAAGUCCUGGAUUUAGCAUACCAAGUAUUGGUACUCCAAUACAUCAUCAGGAUGAGGAUCAGCAGAUUCUCCCUCAGGCGCAACAGCAGCAGCAGCAACAACAACAGCAGCAGCAACAGCAGCCCCCUCCUCAGCAACAACCACAGCAGCAGUUAACUUCAUCAUUACAAAUGCCGAUUUUAGCUACACCUCAGAAGUCAAUGCCGGCAUUUACACCUGUGGUAUUUACGACUCCUCAGAGCUUAAUGCAGCCACAAACCCCGCAAAAUCUCAUGUCGCCAAUGGUUGCACCAUCAAGCCAGAUUGCACCACCAGCUAGUCUUGGGCCUGCUACUCCUGGUCCAAUGACACCAAUGACCCCUGCUUCUGCUGAUCCUGGAAUUGUCCCACAGCUUCAGAAUAUUGUAUCGACAGUAAAUCUUGGUUGCAAACUGGACCUUAAAAAGAUUGCACUGCAUGCACGAAAUGCUGAAUACAACCCCAAACGCUUUGCUGCAGUAAUCAUGAGAAUUCGUGAACCAAGGACCACUGCUUUAAUAUUUAGUUCUGGAAAAAUGGUAUGCACUGGUGCAAAGAGUGAAGAUGAUUCAAGACUGGCAGCAAGAAAGUAUGCACGUAUCAUCCAGAAGCUUGGGUUUUCAGCCAAAUUUUUGGAUUUUAAAAUUCAAAAUAUGGUGGGAAGUUGUGAUGUUAAGUUUCCCAUCAGGCUUGAAGGUUUAGUUUUAACGCAUGGGCAGUUCAGCAGCUAUGAGCCAGAGCUUUUUCCGGGACUAAUAUAUCGAAUGGUCAAACCAAGAAUUGUCCUCCUCAUCUUUGUGUCUGGAAAGGUUGUUCUGACAGGUGCAAAGAUACGGCAAGAAAUAUAUGAAGCUUUUGAUAACAUUUAUCCAAUACUGAAAAGUUUCAAGAAGCAAUGACAGUUAUUUUCCUUCUACUAUCCAGAGAUGCCUGGCAUUCCUCUCAAGGGGAGAGAGCAAGACAAACAGGAAACUCGAAGGACAGAAUAAAUUUGUAAUUACUGUAAAUUAAUGUGUACCCUACUGCUAUUAUAGCAGCUUAAUGUGUAACUCCCAUGGAGUUGUAAAAUUUAUUGACUACAUUUGUAUGUGGGGCGGCUCUGCAAGUGCUUGAAGACAUAUGGGUGCCGUUAUGUAUAAAGUAUUCAGAAUGUCCUCACCCAAGUGAUUUUGUAUUGAACAUAUUAAUUUAGGAAUGGUGACUCAUGUCUGUGCCUCUAAUUGAAUUGUAUUAUAUCAUGGUCAGCUGUUGUGAACACUUUACUGGAUUGCAUCCUUUCACCAUAAGACAGCAAUAAACUUUUUAUUU